AUGGAUCUCGCGUGCCACUUCGAUGUCGCAGAGGGCGUGAGCAGGGCCGAGCGCAUGAGGCUGCUGAAGAGGGAGACGUUGAGUGGUAGGGCCGAGGAGAUGGAGCGCGUAAUCCAGGCACUGCGCACAAGUUCCGACGAUCAGGCUUCAGCCAUCCUAGCCCGGCUGCGAAUCGGAAACCGCCUGGACGAAGUUGUCAAGACGCUACCUCCAGUAGACCUCGCAGGUGCUUCUAUCAGCUAUGCCAGCGUAGAUCCGUCUAUCGCUUCGAGCGACGGUAGCAGCUCCGUGUACGGACGGUAUUCUAGCGCGCCUCAUUCGCCCAACAUCACGCUAUCCAGCUGGUCCGGCAUUUCCUCGCAAGCUGCCUCUGCAAAAGGGAAGCAGCCAGCGUCUGCAAGGAACGCCCAGGAACCGCCUUUUCUAUCCAUCUUAUUCGACCGAGCCGACUGCCUCGGAACCAUCAGCGACGAGGGCGAAGACGAAGACGACAUGUAUUUGGCAGGCUUCAUCGAUCCGCAACUGUUACUCCAAUCGAACCCGCUCGAUGCCCCCGGUGCGUCUACUGGUUCGCCCACAGGGAAUACAAGAAGUCUGCAUCAGAGCCCCAAGGACGACUUCACCCCACAUAGCUUCUUGACUCACUGGAGUAAACGCCAACCCAUCGUCAACGCAAUCCGCGUACAUCCCAACCUCAACCUCCGCAACCUCUUUGGCAAUAUGCCGUUCUCUAGCAGUGUACGAGCCAACAACUAUCCCUUGGGCAUCCAAAAUGCACAAGUGAACAACCUCUUCCUCCCUACCUGGGCUAUGAUGACUGUCAGUACAAGACCAGAUCCCGGGUCGCUCAAGGAGGCAUUUCAAAGCUUACACCGAGACACUGCUGUCAUGAUAGAAAGUGGUACCCCCGUGGAGGUGAUUAUCGAAACACAUCCGAACAUUGCAGCUUUGUUCGACGAGAACGAGUACAAUAACUCCGGUGUACUCAGCAAGUGGUCCGCUGCCAUGAUCCAUAGCGCACAGCACAAAGGUCAUGACUUCACUGCCUGGGCGGCAAUGUACAGCACCUGGUAUCUUGCGAGGUGGAUGGUCUCGCCAUCGCCAGAGACCUAUGAGGCCAUGCCAGAGUGGUUGCGACCGACGCCGAACCAACUCUUCAUGCCGCAUAUCAACAUCCUCGACUAUGUCAUAUGGCCCGCCUUUCGCGAAUUCGCAGUCCAGAUACCGCAGAUGCACGAGCACAUGGAGUACAUGAUGGACAUGUGUAUAAACAUAUCUUGUGACUGGCGCUUUGGACACGAAGAGGCUCUGUGUCGCAAUGAGACGACCGGCAUGCUGGAUUUGUGCGACAUGGCAAAGACCACGAUGAGAGACCUGGCUAGCUGGUCUCUUGGGCCGUCUUUCCGACAGUAUGUCACGAACGCCGACACCUAUGUACGCAUUAGAGCGGAAGAAUUUUAAUGAUCAUUAUACGAUGAACGAUUGUAACGACUGACGACGAGCCACCUUUCGGAACUUCGUCACGGCGGCUACGAGUAUACCCUAUGCAAGGAACACCAUGAAGAAUACACUUAAUCACAAAAGCAAAUGAAAAGAACCAACUUCCAUGUC